UCAUGCCUAUCCUGCAUGAGAAACUCCCUCCCGACUUGGCCAAAACUGGACGACUUUUGGUAAUCAUGCAACACAGAUUUUCUCAUGCUUCAAAUUUAGCAUGACAAGUUGCAUUCUUCCAGACCCAGACAUUUUUACAUUUCAUACACCUGCUCCCCGCAGCUCGACAAGCAAGAACUCAACUCGAC